AUGGCUCCCUCGGGUCUACGACAGUGCAUGCACGAUGUCAGCCUUUACCUCCUUGUCUUGAUCUGUGUCUCGACACUGGGCCCCCUGCAGUUCGGCUUCCAUCUCGCCGAGCUGAACGCGCCCCAAGAUGUCCUCACUUGCCGGAAGAAGUCGAUCCAGGCCAAGACCACCAUGCUGAAGUGGGUUCACGCCAAAUCGCCCGAUACCGAAAGCUGGAUCCCCGACUGUAUCCCCAUGACCGACGCCGUCUUUGCGACCGUUUCCUCGAUUUUCACCGUCGGCGGUCUGGUCGGCGCACUCUGCGCCGGCCCCUUCUCCUCCAAGCGCGGCCGACGCCCUGCCAUGCGAGUCACGGCCAUCUUCUACAUUAUUGGUGCUGUCAUUGAGACAAUCGCCGGCAACGCACCUGUGCUGGCAAUCGGCCGCUUCUUCACCGGUGCCGCUGCUGGAGCUUCCACCGUCAUUGUCCCUCUGUACAUCAGCGAGAUCGCCCCGCCCAAGGAGCGUGGCCUGUUCGGCGCCAUGACACAGGUUUCUAUCAACGUCGGUAUCUUGGCCGUCCAGACGCUGGGCUACUUCUUGAGCUACGGAAAGGCAUGGCGCUGGAUCUUGGCAGUGGGUGUCUUCAUUGCCCUCGCCCAGGCCUCCGGCCUGCUUCUCGUACCCGAGAGCCCGGCUUGGCUUGCUGCCAACGGUGACGCCCCCAAGGCCCGCCGCACCCUGCAGCGCAUCCGCGGCAAAGACUUUGACAUCAAGGAGGAGGUCGAGGCCUGGGAUGCCGACAAUGCUGUUGCCGAGACAGAGGGCCUUUUGGCUCAGAGCGACGCGACGCCUCCUACGUCGCCUGGACUCCCUAAGAAGAGCUCACCUGUUCACCUCGGCUUCUUCGAAGUCGUCAAGGAACCGCUUUACAGACCUGCGAUCGCGGCCGUCGUCGGCAUCAUGUUCGCACAGCAGCUGUGCGGUAUCAACUCGAUCAUCAUGUACUCUGUGUCUCUCCUGACGGAUCUGUUACCCGUCAGCUCUGCCCUGCUCACGAUUCUGAUCUCUGUCGUCAACCUGAUUACCACCGCCGCGUGCUCUCCGCUACCUGACAAGCUGGGAAGGAAGAGGUGCAUUUUGAUUUCCAUUAUCGGUCAGGGCACAAGCUCCUUGAUUCUUGCGCUGUCGAUCAAGUUCGGCGUCAAGAUCCUCUCGGCCGUGUCUGUUGUGUCCUUCGUCGCGUUCUUUGCCGUCGGACUCGGGCCAGUACCCUUUAUUCUUGCGUCAGAGCUGGUCGGCCAGGAGGCCGUCGGUGCGAUCCAGUCUUGGUCCUUGGGCGCCAACUACGUCGCGACCUUUUUGGUGGCCCAGUUCUUCCCCAUUGUCAACAACUUCCUCAACCAGUUGUUGGGUGGCGCUGGCUGGGUGUACUUCAUCUUUGCCGGUUUUGCGCUGCUGUUUGCUCUUUUCGUGUCUGUCAAGGUCCCCGAGACUCUUGGAAAGAAGGACUCGGACGAAGUUUGGGGACGAACUCGUCGCCUCGACUAA